AUGCCAACGAUGUUGGAACGUCGCGCCCUGAAGUAUGGUCAGUCUUUCGCCUUCAUCGAUCGAGGGCACUCCACAAGUGACCGGGCCCUUGUUCGCUACAAUGAGCCCACCAAUGAGAAUGACACACCACAGCUGGAAAUCGUUGGCCCACCAGAUGGUGACAUGUUUGGUGCUCACACAGUACACGACCUGAUGUGCGGUUGGGUCCCUGGAUGCAAAGAAAUUGUUGAUAACAAAGGCCUGGUCGCUACGCUAGAGCAGUUGGGCGGUCUCGAAGAGAAGGAGUUCUUCCGGCCAUUCUCUGUUGAGAUUGGUAGAAAGAAAGAACUCAUUCCUCAACCUUUCACCGUCACAAUCUCUGCGAAAGCAUCAUGGCGCGAUAUACCUCAUGGUCGUGACCAGUUCCUGAUAUCCGUCCCGAGCGAAAUCAUGCAGGAGAAGCUGAGUGCUUGGGCUCGCGACGCCGUGGAACAAGACGAGCGAUGGCUAAGACAGCUCAAGGUGAAAACCUGCGGUAUUAUACUAACAGGAGGCGGCAACAAAUGUCGUACGAUGAAGGAGCGGCUCCAACAAGUAACAACGCGCUUGUUCGCUCAGAAUGUUCUUCCAAGUGACCUGGAAGACGCUGUUGCGCGGGGCGCUUUGAUGCGUUACCCUCAGAACGUUGCUGAUGAGCUUCCCUUCGGCUACUUCUAUCUCGGACAAAUUCAACCGCUAGACUGGAAGUUGCAUCAGGACAUCUGCAGAUCAGCAAUUUGGAAGCUGGAUCGGAGAGAGCGAAAGAUGAAAGGUGUCCCCCAGCCUGGCCUGAUAUCGUCAUACGAGAACGGUGAAUACAUGACCAAGCACCGCUUGAAGCCCUUGGUUUUCCGCACAAAGAACGGACUGGGUGCGGAACAGUCUAUCCAAAGCUUCUGUGUUCACAUGACUUUCCCUGUGGAUCUACACUACGAGUAUGCCAUCGACCUUUUGAUCUACUUCGCCGAGACAAAGCAGAAAGACAAUAGUGCUGCACAUGACAAGCUUGGGAGACUGAGACACGGUAUCAAGGAACCUAUAAGAGAAUUUGUAAAUGUCGACAUAGACUGGGGCUACUGGCAAGACAGAUUUACACACUACGAGUCCGAGGGUAGUACCUGGCUCGACAUUGAAGGAAUUGUAGAAGGAGAAAUCACAGACGCCGGCUUCAGGAUCCAUGUCACGCUAUUGGAGCCUGGAGAACAGGUGCAGAUGCUGCCUGCGACCGGCCAGCCUGAUGCUCAUGCAGACUACAGAGUCCUGCAUCAACUCACGUCAGAGAUAUGGUCACCGCACCGCUCUCACCAGAUCAGCGACAACGUGACUAGAAAACGUGUCCGUCCAACCAGGAAGCGUGCAAUUGGCAAACUUCCAGCACAUGUCCCCAACAAACGACCAGUCGGUAGCACACAUUUGCCGACCCCAGCAACAUCCGAUAAUCAAUCAUCCGUGGAACCAGACAGCACGACUGUUGAUCGACAGGCGAGUACUCAGAUGCGUAGCUCUCGUGCUUCAGCCUCCGCAGCCGUACCUGGCAACCAUGCAGACGACAUCUUGAAUCGAACGUCACCAUCGUCGCCCCGGCCCAGUAUAAUCAAAGAAGCUGACCACACGCUUGGCUGUCAUGCACGCUCAGCUCAAAGCAAGACUUCGCCUGGCCCAUCGAGGAAGAGGCAGAGGAAAGCAACCGCACGCACGUCCAGCGUGUGCAUGGAAUGCGCGACCGCGAAGAGAAAGUGCAUCGCCACCGACACUCCUGGGGUCGGAAAAUGCCGACACUGUGAUGCUCAGAACUUCGACUGUACCCACAACAACAGACCCUCAUCCGUACGACCAUGCGACCGAUGUGCCAAACACAAUCGGCCAUGUAACGCACGCGAUGAGACGGGCAACCUUCGGUGCUUCAAUUGUGCCAGGCGAAGAAACAGAUGUACCUUCGGACGCAAGGGAUCCCCGCAGCGCGAACAAUUUGAUACAUCUCGAGGCCAAGAUCUUCCACAGAGAGCUGCCGAUGCCCUCAACCUUCUAGAGCCUUUCCCAUCAGAGGAGGCUCCUUCUGGCAGCAACAUUGUCGUGGCUAGACCCAAGCCUGGCUUCAAGGAGAUCAGAUGGGGGAUUGUGAACGUGCUCGAGGAACAAUCAGCGCCGAUAUCAUCUGCUGAGAUCCGCAAGAUUUUGCAUUCUAGGUUGCAUAUGAAUGUGUAUGCGGGCGAUGUCUUGAGGGUAGUGCAGGAGCUGGAGAACGAGGGUCUGCUGGAACGGAGGCAGGACCGAUCGAUUAAGUUACGUUCUAUUGGCGGUAGGGCUGUGGUUCAAGAGGCGAUCGAUGCGGCGAAUGAGCUCUUGAGUGAUGAUAGUUGUUCGAUAUAG